CCAAAAGAAGAUCCGGCCCAUAUCCUCAAAAUCUAAUCGAGACCGAAAUUGAUAAUGUCGACGAGAAUGAUUAUUCACUGUUACUGAUCAAGAAACAAAGCAAAAAACAAAAAAAGGGAACCGAAGAUGUUACAGUUUCCGGCGUUUAUGACGCAGUACCAACUGUCGACAAGGAUGAUUCCGACGUCGUAUUUGCUUCCCUCUCAGUGGCCUCAGCCCCAAAGUGAAGAACUCCUUUUAGCUAUGGAGGAAUCUGACUUUGAAGAAAAGUGCAACGAAAUCAGGAAGAUGAACAGCAAUCUGAUUGUGAUAGGGAAAACUACAAAUGAAAAUGAUAAGGAAGACUUUGACAACGAGGCUGAUGACGAUGAUCCCGACAAUGCAGAGGAGUCUGAGGGUGAAGAAUUUGAGCAAGAAACAGGGUGAAGAAUCUGCAUGUCAAUGCUAACUUAUAUAUUGUUGCUUCUUUGCUACAUGUGUUGUAAUUAGAGGAGUUUGAGGAAGGAAUUGUGGUCAUUCCUCUCCCAGUUCUAAACUUUUGAUUGGAUUGAGUUUGAAUGGGAUAUGAUUGAGUUGACUCAAACUUCAAACAAAAUGAAAUCAUAAAAUUGCUAUGUACUAAUGUUCAAAAGAAAAAUUCAUGUCA